AUGCUCUCCUCAAAGCCCAUGGACCCCAUCGUCCAACAUUCCGCGCAGCCAGACCAAGAUCGAGACGGCGCCGACGUCGUUCAUCUUGAGACUCAGACCAACAAGAUGACCCUCCGCGAAGACUCCACUGCUCCAGGCUAUCUCGCCAUCCGGAGCAGCAAAGCCAACCACGACCCCGCAUCCAACUCUUCCUCCGACCAGCCCACGCCUGUGCAGGAUAAGCAGGCAUAUGCCGUUUCCUCUCCCUCCCAGAUGGCCUCACCCAUGUCUACCGUUGGGGUCGACGCCGCUUCAACCAUUGUUUCGGGUCCCGUCGACGCCAUCGAGGGCCCGAGCGCGUCUGCCGCCAAGAUCCGCUUCGACAAUCUCAAGAAGAUGGGCUUGAGCGAGACUGCGGAUCACUCCGGUGUUGCAACACCGAUCGGAACUGGCGGCGCAUUCGCUCACCUGCCCACCAAUGACGCCACCUCGGCAACCGUCUCGCCCGUUACAAGUGGGUCUCAGGCUCAGUCACUCUCCGGUUUGAACAAGGUCAUCAGCGGUGCCAUGACCGGCACUUCGUUUCAGCCUGUCCAAGGCGCCGGUGCCAGCGGCCUUGCCUCUGCCCGCGGCGUCGACGCUUCCAAUAGCAGCGACGCCGCCAGCACUCCUCCUCAGUUCAUCUUCCCCAAGCUCGGCUCACGGCGCAACACGGAGCGUGGCGGCAGCAGCGGUGGACGCAAGCACAACGAAGGCAGCAGCGGUGCAGCUUCGCCUUCCGACAAUGAAGGGCUCCCUAAGAAGAAGAAGGACAAAGAGCAUUCCGGCCACCACAAUCCGCUCACCGAUCUGCGCAAAUUCCUGCAGAACCACAUCGGACACCACAACAGCGACUCGCGCAGCGACAGCAGUCGCUCCGGCAUUGCAACUCCCAAGCGACACGGCAAGGACUCGCCGCCUCUGGGUGAGGACCACGCCCAUUUGGCCAAAAAGUAUGGAAAGUGGGGCAAAGUGCUGGGCUCCGGUGCUGGCGGUACGGUGCGUCUCAUCAAGCGUUCCAAGGAUCACACGGUCUUUGCCGUCAAGGAGUUCCGCCAGCGCAGACCCGGCGAGAACGAAAAGGAGUACAUCAAAAAGGUCACGGCCGAGUUCUGCAUCGGCAGCACGCUUCAUCACAUCAACAUUAUCGAGACCAUCGACAUCAUCUCGGACCAUGGCCACUACUACGAAGUCAUGGAGUACGCUCCUUACGACCUGUUCAGCGUCGUGAUGAGCGGCAAGAUGUGCCGUCAAGAGAUCUACUGCGUCUUCCGCCAGAUCUGCGACGGUGUGGAUUACCUUCACUCGAUGGGACUCGCGCACCGCGACCUGAAACUCGACAAUUGUGUCAUGACUACGGGCAAUGUGGUCAAGCUGAUCGAUUUCGGAACUGCCACCGUGUUCCACUCGCCGGGCAAGAGCAAGGUCGUCGCCACGGGUGUCGUGGGCUCGGAUCCAUAUUUGGCGCCCGAGGUGCUGUCGCAGCAGACGUACGAUCCCAGGCUGACAGAUGUGUGGAGCUGCGCCAUCAUCUUCCUAUGCAUGAUUCUGCGCCGAUUCCCGUGGAAGCUGCCGGACAUGAAGACGGACGCCAGUUUCCGGCUGUUUGUCAACUCACACCCCGAGCUAUGUAAAGCUCCUGCCUCGGAACCCGCCAAGAGCAAUGCGAACAGCGAGGGCCCCAGCAGACACAGCAGCACGCCUGCAUCCAGUGUGAUGGCAAGCCGUGUAACUUCGAGCGAGCACAUCUCGGCCUUGCGCAAGAAUCUUGGCAUGUCGGCCAUCGAUCCGGUGACCAGCUCGGACGACAACAGCGCUGUUCCACAGAUCCGGUCCGCGCACGAGGCCGGCUACAUGACGCCACACUCGAUUCACUCGAACCCACACUCGCCCUCGCUCAGCGAUACGUUUGAGGGCAACAGGAUGCUGGGAGGCGAGGACGGUAACAAUGGCGUGGUUUCGAGCCCUGGCGCUGUGUCGCCUGUCGUUUCUUCUCCCACCUCUACGCUUGACGACAUUGCGACAGCGGGAGAGGGGGGCAACGGUGGGGCGUUUGACGAUGUGCGACCGCACCAGCACCGCAGCGACAGUGUCUCGGCGUCUUCGCAGACGACCUUCACCUCGGGUGCGGCCGACAGCAUCUUCCGAUUGCUGCCGCGAGAGACGCGUUCGGCACUUUCGCGCAUGAUGGCUGUCGAGCCGUCACUGCGUUGCACGUUGGGUGAUCUUCUUCGUGGACGUCGAUUCAGCGAUACGGACAGCCCGCUCACGCGCACGCCGGUCAUGUCGAGGAGCAACUCGACCGACAUGCUGCGCUCGGCGAUCGACGGUGCGCAUGCACAGGCUCACGCCCACGACGGUGCUGUUUCGCCUCGCGGUGGCGCAUUCGACGGCAGCAUCAGCAGGGAUGCCCACGCUGCGGGGUUGGGAUCCAUUGGGCUGUCCGAGUUCGAGGAUGAUGACGACAAAGGAGAUGAGUGGUUGAAGAACAUUCGCACGUGUGCGCACAUUUUGAAGGACGGCAAGCCGGGCGAGCAGCCGGACCAUCCUCAUGUCAAGGUCAUGAGCGAGGAGAGCAAGCGCAAGCAUUCCCUGUUCCAUCGCAAGGAUUGA